AUGUUCCGCCGUCUGUCUCAAGUAGCCCACCACCUGUCACCAGCCCCCUCCUUGUACCGACCGUCGGCAUUAAAGAUGGUGGCUUCUGCGGGAGAGCGCCAGGCGCGCACAAUUCGCACGGCAGCAUGUCUGAUUAUUGGUGACGAAGUCCUCGGCGGAAAGACCGUUGAUACCAACUCCGCCUACUUUGCGAAGUGGUGUUUUAAGCUAGGGAUUAAUCUGAAACGGGUCGAGGUGAUUGAAGAUGAUGAGAGCGAGAUCAUUGAGGCAGCUCGCAGGAUGAGUGAGCGAUACGACUUUGUGGUGACCAGUGGAGGAAUUGGACCAACGCACGAUGACAUCACCUACCAGUCCAUCGCCAAGGCAUUCGGCCUCCCGCUGAAGUUACACGCUGAAGCGUUCGAUAAGAUGAGACGGAUGUCUAAAGCCCACCCCUCGCAACCUAAUUUUGACUGGGACGUCGACUCACCUGCCUUGAAGGCUAAGUUGCGUAUGGUAGAGCUGCCAACAGACGACACCCGGGAUCUCAAACAACAGGUGAUCUUCUCCGAUGAAGAAGCCUGGGUUCCUGUCGCUGUUGUGAAUGGUAACAUUCACAUUCUACCGGGAGUACCACGCAUAUUUGAGAAACUCCUCGAUGGGUUGAGUCCUAUUGUGCUCCCGAGAUUGGCAAACCCAGAGGGCAAGGGAACGACCCGGAUUCUCAUAUCAACGCCAAUGUCAGAGAGUGCUGUUGCGCCAUUCCUGACGCAGCUCGCGGAAAGAGUCGAACCUCAAGGAAUCAAAGUAGGCAGUUAUCCUCGCUGGGGCAAGACGCGCAACACAGUGACGCUGGUCGGAAAGGACGAGGCGCUGCUGGAGAGCCUCGUUCCCGAGGUCGAGGCGGGCGUGAAGGGGCGACGAGUAAAGACGGAAGGGGAGGAUGAUUCUGAAGCCGAAGAAGUGAAAUAG